AUGGCUGGAGUAGCAUGGCACUACGUACUGAAGUUCAUCAUCACGGGUGACUCUGCUGUCGGUAAAUCGUCCCUGCUCGUGCGCCUCACCGACCAGCGCUUUCUCGCAAACCCGGACCCGACACUAGGCGUCGAAUUCGGUUCGAAAUUGAUUACUAUCCCUGAGGAAAACAAGGUUGUGAAAUUACAAUGCUGGGACACCGCAGGCACGGAAUCCUUCCGGUCUAUCACGCGGUCAUAUUACCGCGGUGCGGCAGGCUGCCUGCUCGUGUACGACGUGACGCAACGACAAACAUUCGUAAACGCGCGCUCCUGGCUGGCAGAUGUCCGAGAACACGCCGACCCACACCUCACCUGCAUCCUCGUAGGGAACAAGAUCGACCUGUGCUCCGAGGCCGCGCACGGCACGGGGCAGGGCAGGCGCGCGCGCGAGGUGAGCACGGAGGAGGCGGAGCUCUGGGCGAAGGAGGAGGACCUGCUGUUCGUGGAGGCGAGUGCGAGGAGCGGGGAGAACGUGGACGCCGCGUUUGAGCAGGCCACGAGAGAUAUCUUGGACAAGAUCCGCAGAGGUGUAUUUGAUGAUGACAGGAGUCCGGGUGUCAAGCUGUCCAAGCCCUCGACCUCGAAUGUUGCCUUGGACGACAGUCGGGGCAGUGCAAGCCGUUGCUGCACGUAG